CGCCGCCCCACGCAGGGGCUCCGCCAGUAUAAGAGGCGGCCGCCAGCGCGGCGGCCGGCUCCUGUUUUCCCUCACCCGAACGUCGCCCCCAUACGACGCUUGCCUCGUCCCCCCCGCUCUAACCUCGCUGCCGACGACGGCGCGCCUCUGCGCGUCACUUUCGCGCGCGCGCCCCUCGCGCCCCGGGUUUGUCCGCCCCUCGACAUCCCGGUUCCCUCCGUUGCUCCACCAAUCGUUUGCCCCUGUUUCACCCAUUGAGCCGGCCUUCUUUCCACGGGAAGCCGCCCAGUGAGUGCCUCAGAGCCCCCUCACCCCCCCUUGCGUGACUCGCCGCCGCGUGUGUUCCCGCGUCCUCUCUCGUCCGUCGCCUACCGCCGUAGUCGCACCCGCUCUCGUUGUUCAUCUCCAAGAUGCAGGUCGUCCACCAGCUUAACGCCUUCAACCGCUGCAAGCAGCGCCAACGCGAGACCGAGGCCACCUCGACCGCCGCCACGCCAAACGAUUCCACCGGAGUUGGGAAGAAAGUUUUCGGGUAUACCGAACGUCCACUCUUUCCUGAGGCUCAAAACAAUGGAUUCCUUGCUUCCAUUCACACCCGCCUCUUCGCCUUCUGGCCUGUUACCUCUGCCUCGACCAUGAGCGCGGAGUCUAACAUCCCGGGGCCGAUUGACGGGUAAACACUUGCGAUCUAGCUUUCCCGACUGCGUGGGGAAUACAGUGGACGCCGCCGGCGAGGGGGCGCUCUCUCCUCCCUCCUUCCAUCUUCUCUCUAUGUUUUUUUUUGGAAGAAAGGAGGAGGCCAGGAGCGUCCCCCCUCCGCGGGCUUCCGCCCACUGUUCGCGCACCGGGGUUCCCCGGCUCUCUCGGCCGGGGGAUAGCUAGAUCCGCGCCACCCACACCAUGUGCUUUCUCCUGCGCGUAGUGACCCUGCUGUAUGACGUGUGUCUUCGUGUGCGUGUGCGUGUGCGUGUGCGUGUGCGUGUGCGUGUGUGUCCUCUGAGAUGGUCACACGUCGCACGUGCGCGCGCACGCGCACGCGCGCGUACGCACGUCCUGCUGGGUGGCUGGGCUCCUUGAAAGAGGAAGGGGGUGUCUCAUCUAUUCCCCUCUCUGUGCGCUUCUCGCGGCGUGUGCGUGCCGGAGGAGGAGAGACCGCCACACGCAUUCCCCAUGCGGGUGGUUCUCUCUUUCCCUCCGCGUGCUGCCUCUCCUGCCCGGCGUACAGUCAACAACAAUAGACACGACACCGACCACAAACA